ACCAAAAGAUGAUCACCUGAAGUUGUUUACUCAUGACGGGAAGAUCUCUGUUCGGGGAAUAAAUAAUGGGUUUCUUUCUUAUAACUUAUAUUUGACUGCCCUUGCUUGUCUUGCUGAUAUAUCAUAGUCACUACAGCCUAUUUGAUUCUGCACUGUGUUUGUUCUCAGCAUGCUUGAUGCAGUUGUGAGGGUUUUAGUGGGCCUGUAUCUCGUGUUAGUUUGUUUUAGUGAUAUAUCUUGAUCGCCACAAAUAAUUCGGUAUUCAGUCUAGUGUCUCUGUCAUUAUUUGGAUUACCGUUUCCUGAGCAUCCUCAUUAUGUGGGAGACAAAGACUACUUGUCCAUGCUGCUUGACCUGACUCCUGGAGAUCUUCUGAAGACAGAAGUGAUGAUUUUUUCUUUGAAGACUUCCAAGAUCUCUCAGCAGAGGCCACUUACAGAAGGAAACAGCAGAGACCAAGAUGAACAACAAGAAAUGUGUAGUCUGUGGCACCAUCCCAGAAAGUAAUGACCCUUGCAUACUUUUGCACCAUGGAAUUACAGAGCACACAGCCACACCCCUCAGGGAUAUGGUGGGUCCUGCAUUGCAGCAGGGACUCAACACCUCAGACAUCAUUUGUAUGCGGUGCCUCGACCUGUUUAAUGAGAAGGACCGCCUGCAGAAGCUGACCACUGAUAUGGACAGCCAUAUUCAAACCAAGAUCCAGGAAACUUCCAGGAAAGAAGUGGAUAGAAAGGAAGAUGCUUCAGGCUCUAUAAACAUUGUGGUUGGGAGUACAAGAGAAAAACAGGGUAUUAAAGACCAGCUUGAGAGUCAGUAUAGGAACAUGAGGGUGGCACUGUCAAGCUCUGACACAAUACAGACAUCACAGGAGAAAAAUGGGGAAGCAUUAACAAGUGCAUCCAAGAGACGCAGAGGCCGGCCACCAAAGGCUACUCAAUGGGUUGCUAAGAGAAGGGAGCCACCCCCACUGAUGGUGAACCACCGGGAAAAGAGGAAGCGUUCGGCUAAAUUCAGCACUUUCCUUGAGGUGCUGAAAGGUGAGAAGGAGUUUUACAUUGAGGAUGAAGGAGAUGAGCCUCGAGGCAAGAAGCGGAAUCGAGGAAAACGGAAAAGAACACUUGAGCCAGGCCCAGAUAUUGUCCAGGUAGAGCAAUCAAGGGAAGAGGGGUUAGAGAGAACAUGCAUCAUCCAGGUGACAGACAUGGAGCUAUCGCAACGAGAGAAGGAGCGGUUGGACCUAGAUGAAGUAGUGCAGGAGAUUCUGGGGAUUGGUGUUGACUCCACAUCCUCACUGAUCCCUAGCAUAGAUAGUUUAGGAUGUAGCAACAGAGAUGGACAGGAGGAGGUGGAGGAAGAAGAGGAGGAGGAUCUAAUUAGUGCCAUCAACAAGAUGAGUGCUGAAGAGGAGGAGGGAAGCAGUAGGGAUGCUGAAGAGAUGAAAGCUGGUCCUCAUAUAAAGCUGGAACCAACAGAAGAAAAGGAAUUACAGCAAACACAACAGCAGGAGCAAGACGACCCAAGCAAUGUUUGGCCUCAGAUCAAGAGGGAACCUGGGUGCUCUGUAACACCAUUUAUUGAGGUGACAGAGAUCAAAGAGGACCUGGCAGCAGGGAUACCCAGUGUGGAGGUCACUCUCUCUCAUGAUGGCAGUGACACCUUGCAUGCAACCAUCAGUGACUCUGCUGCCCUGUCUCAAGCUUCUCCCAGUGAUGCUGCUGAAACUCUUGAGGCUGACAUCAAGAAUGAGGAGUCCAAUAGACCAGCUGUUGGUGUCAAGAAAUAUCGAUGCAAGCUGUGUGCCUGCACCUUUCUAGGGCGGGAGGAUGCACGGCAGCAUGCCCAGGAGUGUCAUGGUGGAAACCUUUCCUUGACAGGCAGCAAGAAUGAGGAUAGCUUUAAAUGUAGUGAUUGUGAUCGAUGUUUUCCCACAGCACGUGGCCGUGACCGACACCACCUCCACAUGCACCUUAAGCACCAGCCAGCUCAGUGUCCCGAGUGUCCUAGUACUUUCAAUAGUUUUCGCCCUCUGGAGCGCCAUCUCCGUAAUCAUCAUGACAAGGACCCAAGUCUGUACUGUGAGCUGUGUGAAAUGGAGUUUGUUCUUGGUACUUCCUUGGAACACCAUAAGGAGAUAGUGCAUCCUAAUGUCCCCAGUAAGACCAAAGUGGUCAGAACUACCAACAACCAGAGAGCACGGGAGCCAGAGAAGCAGAAUCGAUUGAUCACAUGUCCCUUAUGCAAGGAGGAGGUAGUGGGAGCAAGGGCCUUCCGUCUUCACCAUCAGAAAAUGCACAAUGGUUGUGAGUACAAUUGUACUUAUUGCAACUAUAAAAGUGCCUGCUUCAGCUCCAUAAACAGGCAUAUGGUGAGGGUACACAAGGCCUUUGAUAUGAAGCUUUACAGUUGUCAGAGUUGUUCUGCUCGUUACAGUGUCCCAAGGGAUCUUGAAGAACAUUAUUUAUGUGUUCACAAUGUAGAAGCCACAUUACUCUGUCAGCACUGCGGGGAAAAGUUUGCCUGUGUGGACAUGCUCAGAUUUCAUCGCAACAGUCACAGGGCUUUUUCAUGUAAGUUGUGUCACCUGGGUUUUAUGAAGGAGGAGGCCCUGGAAUACCAUGUUAAAACUGUUCAUCACUGUGACCCAGUUGGGGGCACUGAAAGGACCAGAACUCAGUUGAAGAGUAAGGAUGUAAGUGCAGGCACCAAAAGUGACAAGAAAGAUGGCAAUAAUGAGAAAGAUGUAUCAAUACCAAAGGUGCUAGUCAUUGCAACUGAUGGUUCAGUGCAGGUGAAGGAGGAGAAGGAAGAAAGUGCUGAGCCUACAAAUGAUGUGACUCUUCACCUUCAGCAAACACGGGAGGGAGGCUUGGAGGAGAUGGACAUGCUCAAUCCCCUCAAGGGUCAGCGUGUGAAGGAUCUGCCAAAGAAGAUGAGCUGUCCUAUUUGCAAUAAAGUCCUAACAACAAAGUUCCUAAGGACACACAUGUUGAGUCACAAGGGCAACUUGCCCCACAAGUGUCGCUUAUGUGACAAGGCCUAUGCACAAGGAACUCUGUUACGUAAACACAUGAAGAACAGGCACUAUGAGGAGUUCCUAAAAUUAGGCAAUAAGAAUCCAAAAAAACAAAAAGUGGCUUGUGAUUUUUGUGAAGAAAUAUUCAAUGACAUAUACUCUUUGGAAGAGCAUUUAUGGAUGCACAUGGAUGAAAAAGCUUUUGAGUGCACAGACUGCAAGAUCAAGUUUGGUAUGGAGAGCAACCUUAGGGAACACUACAAGAGUCAUUACUUCAAGGAGGCCAAGCCAUGUCCUGUGUGUCAGAGAGAAUUCAAAUCCAUUGGGUUUUACAAUGAUCAUGUGGAGAAGUGUCAGAAACGAUGGAAGUGUGAACAAUGUGGCUUGGAGUGUGAUACCCAGGAAUAUUAUCGAAAACACCACAGAUCUGAGCACGGAGGUGAAAAUGUGGUGAGGUAUCAUUGCUCUCUAUGUGAGAAAUCCUUUGUGGAGCGCCAUCGCUAUGACGAUCACAUGAUUACCCAUUCGUCAGAAAAGGCUUUCACAUGCCACAUUUGUCUGAAGCAGUUCAAACGACAACGACCAUUGAAUGACCACUUAGUGCGCACUCAUUCAAAUGGAUUGUUCAUGUGCUCCUACUGCUCCAAGACAUUCCAGAAACAGCAAGAUCUUGAUGCUCAUAAACUAAAGCAUAAAAGGGAGUUUCCUUGUGCAUCUUGCAGUCAUGUAUAUUCUUCCAAUGAAGCUCUUCUCAAUCACCUGAUGGUCCACCAUUCAGAAUCUUCUCAUUCUUGUCAUAUGUGUGCUGAACCUUUCACCAAACAGAUUCAAUUAAAGAACCAUUUGGUGACCCAUAGCACCAGCACACCCCACAUCUGUCAGGUGGACCGAUGUCACAAAAUGUUUAGAUCAGAGGGUCUGUUGCGUAACCAUGUUGCUCGCCGGCAUCAUGGACUCCAUUAUGACUGUCCUGUCUGUGAUCGCAAGUUUAGUCUUGAAUCAGAUCAGAUUCGUCAUGUUGCAACGCAUUCCAAUGGAUCUUCAAUGACGUGUGAGGAAUGUGGACGCAACUUCCGCAGUGAAGCUUUAUUGGAAAGGCAUCUGGUAACACACACUCAAGAAAAGCCGUAUGAAUGCGGGGUUUGCCAGCAUGCUACCUCAACAAGACACCAAAUUAUGCGCCACAUACAAAGUGAACAUGACCUUCCUGAUGUCUCUUCUCAUGUUAUUGUGAACCGGUGGCGGUGCUCAAUGUGCGGCAAGAUGUUUGUGGUAAGGAAUUCAAUCAUGCGACACCUCCUGGACCAUGCCACUCAUGGUGUGGAGGCUCAGGGCCAUGCUGUAAAGACACGCCUCUCACCUUCAUCAAGCCUGGAGCUGUCACUGCCAUCUGGCUCAGUGGACCCAGCUACUGCUACUGCCUCCUUCCUGGAACAGGUGUCAUCUCUCAGCUGGCAGGACCUUACACGACUGCUGCGGUUCCAUGUCAUGGGUGACAACGAGAAUGACAAGGGGGAGGAAGCAACCAUCAAUACUGAUGUGUGGCAAUGUCCAGGAUGCCUCCAUGCCACACAGACAGAGGAUGAUAUGAGAGACCACUUGUUGGGAUCCUCAGAGUGUCAGGAGGCUGUCAUCCUGCAGCUAGCAGGUGGAUUGGCCACCACUGAAGAUACAGAGGAUGAAAAUAGUGCAGAGGAGCAAUUAAUUGAAGGUGAAGGAAAUGGAACUGUCCUCCAGCUGGCCAGUACUGAUGGAGGCCUCCAGUAUGUCAUCAUGCGAGAAGAUGAGGACACUUCACCCCAGAGGUUCAGUGAAGGCACCAAAGAGAUCCAGUCUGAAGGAGAGGAAGGAGAAAUGCAAGUGUUGGUGAGCAUGGAUGACAGUCUUCAGCAACUGCUUCAUCAAGAACCAACAAGUCCAAAUAUUCAAAUAAUUGUUGAAGAUUCUGCUCCACUAAAGCACUUCCUAACAGAAAAUGCAGAGGAAGCAGUAAAUCCAACAGCAAACACCUCACAAAAUGACAGUAGCCAGGACAGUCUUCCUGCAGAUGCCACCCUACUUAAUGGAUCAGAGGUGCUGCUACAGACUGUUGAUGGAAGGCUGGUUCUUCAACAGACUGUUGGUGGAGUAACACAGUAUCAGCUUGUGGAAGGUGUCCCCACCACAGCCAUAGAAGACACUGCACCUACCCUCAUCCCUGACCACUCUUCUACUCUGGAUGAGGAAUUCAUAUUGUCAAAUUAAAACUACCUUAGCAGGGAGAGGCACUUGCUGGUGUUGGCAGAGGUCAUCAAUUUAAGAUUUUUUUUUUUUAUAAGGAAAAAUAUGGACAAACAUUGUAUAAACUGACAAGACUGACUGCAAUAUUUUGGAAAUAUUAGUUUUCCUAAGUGCCAGAUUAAUGGAGUUAGUUUGUGGACUGAUGAGAUAGUUCAUUGGGACUCAUGAUGUUACACUUCUUUGUUGUCUUUUGAUUUACAUGACUGCCAGUGCAGUAACUUGUGCUUUGAACUACUGAGUCUUAAAAGGAAUAGAUGUGUAGAAGAAAGUAGGUGGGAAUUUAACUCCUAAGGUGUCUUCUAUUUACAACACUGAUCAGCUCUAGAUCAUUGAUCUGGAUCUGGACCUGAUUUGGAUUUACUCGAGGUAAAAAGAAUGUUUGUGGCCAUUACUGAUCAAAACAAUAACAACACAAGCAGUCCCAGCUGCCCAGCUGUCACAAGUGGCAGACUGUUGAUGCUUGCCACUGUGGUCUAAGGAAGUGUCAUUGAGGACUACAGCCUACUGUACAUUUCCUGAGGAAGUUGGGCUGAGAAGGCCACCAAUGAGCCCCAGCCACAUGCUUACCCAGGCAGCACGAGUUCCAUGCCUGACCAUGAAUGUUGUAUAAUGAGGUUUCACAUAAAGCUCUCUUCACACACAACAUGCUGAAAGUACUCAAUGUGGUGAAGUACAGAAUGGUAAAAUGAGAAAAUAUUCAGAUGUAAGUUGAGGCUAGCCUGGCCCAUGUGCUGAUACUAUUGACACCAUUACUAAGGCACUUCCAAAGUAGAGAUGUAUUAUUUUCGACAGAACAAGUAUCAAGUAUUAUCUUCCUUUGCCUCAUCAUGUAGCCAUUGGCAAUAAUGGCCACAUAAUUAUAAGCAGAAGUCAUUAAACUAAGGCUUGAUGUGGCUUGUUAUAUUUUCCUUGUUUCUGGCAUCUGUCACUACCACUAUUCACAUUCUGUGCUCAUAGCAGCAUUCUGCAACAAUUCAUUACCAUUCACUUUGUUCCUCAGACAUAUCAGCUGUUUUCUUGCCGUGUAUUCCCCUAAAUAAGUCCUUAGUAGAGGCUGCUCAGCUGCUAAUAUGGCCGCUGCCAGCAGCUUCAACAAGUGUUGUCUGCUCUAAUCCACCUCCGGACCCAGAUCACCCAGAUCAUAAUCCAGAUCACUCAGAUCAGGGCAAAUCCAGAUCAAGAAGUAAAUAGAGCAUGGGCCAUGCUGCUAUAUCAGUGAUCUGAAACGGAUCAUGGUAAAUAGAAGACACCUCUAAUGAAAUAUUUGAGUUAGUCAUCAUAACAAAAAAAUCUUUUCAUGUCUCUCGAUCAUUUCCUUUAUGCUUAGUGUUUUCCUCUGAUUUGUUUCACAAGACAUCUUUUCCCACAUCUACAUAUGUGAGGUUGAUGCUUUUGACAGCACUCCUUCAAGCAACCAGGUUCUAUAUUCUUAAAUGCAAUGUUCUCUCAUUAGGACUAUUUUCAAAGGGCACAUGAUUAGUUGGGGUCUUAUGGGUUUUCCAUGAUGGUAAAUCCUUUUUAAACUAUAUUGAAUCAUAAAAUCUUCCCCCCCCCCAGUAAUUUCUACUACAGCUGUUAAAAGUAGUAGAGUUAUGGUGCUGAAAUGUUUAGGAAUAUAGACCCUGGUUGUCGUAGCUGGACACAAUAAAAGAAAAAAUCACAAUAACUGAUAGAUCGAUAAUGAUUACCUUAUCGGCAAUAACCGAUAGUUGAUAACUGGUGAUAAAUUCAUCACUUGACAACCGAUAAAUUGAUAAAUCCAAAUUCCAAUACUAGCAAUAACAAUACUGAUAUUUCAAAUAAAAAAAAUGAUCCAAAUCUUUAUUUUUAUCUUUAUCUUAGAAAACAGAAAAUCCUUGGAAAAACUGUCUCUUCACUAAUGAAAAAUAUUGUUUUAAGUAAAAUAGCUACAUUUGAUUUUGAAAGCUUAAAGCUUUAACAUGCUCUUGUUCCAAAAACUAAAAUUAUGAACUAUAUGUUUGGAACCAAAAAUAUCAGCUAUACCAGUAAAUCGAUAAUGCAGGAAAAAUAAUUAUUGGAUAAUCAAUAACUCUAUACUGUUACUGUGACAAUUUAUCGCAAUAAUGCCCACCUCUGCUGGUUGUACACAUUGUCCUUCAGCUGUUGUUUCUCUUUCCAUUCCUCCCUAAUGCAGUCAAUCCAACUGUGCUUUAGUGUUUCUCUUUAUCUCCUACAACUCCAUCAUUGUUCUCCCUACACAUACUAUGACUUUGCCAGUUGUGCUAAGGUGAUCACAGAAACCCAAGUUAAAUUUUUUUUUAGCUAUGAGAGGCAUCCUUGCCAGGUAAAGACUCACUGACAGUGAGGCACAAACUACAGCGCCUUUGACAUUGGGACCAUAAUAAUUGUCAGGUCCAAAGAUAGUUUCUUGGGCCUUCAUAUCCCAAGUCACUACACUGCCACUCCAUCAGCAAGGAAACUGUGUGCAGACAUCAGAUAUUUGUUGCAAGCAGGUUAUAAUGGCCAGCUUAUGGAUUUUGAGUGGAGCCAAGGUGAUCAUGAAAAACAGUAGUUUUGUCAGCUUUGUAUGUCUUGCCACUCUAUCAGCAAGGGAAUUGUGUUCAUCAGGUGCUUGUUACAGGCAGGUUAAAUAGUACAUUCAGAGUUUGCAGGUAAAGCAUUGUUUCCUCUGCAUGUUUGCCACUGGACAUGUAUUGCAGCGUGCAACAUUCUGACGAGAACCGUCAAUCCUUUAUACAAAGAAUGCAACAACAUGUAAAUAUAUCAAUUGUAUUGAUUGCUGGUGUUGCUAUGUAAAUAUGUGAUGUAAUUGAAUGUAUAGAAUUGUGUUGGCUCAAAGAUUUGGUGCUCAGUCCGUGAGUGCCACAAGAGGCCAUGUAAUAUAUUCAUAAACUGGCAUGAUGACAA